AUGACGGACAUUAGAGUGAACAACCUCAAGGCGCCGGUUGACGUAGCGGAAUACUUGUUUCAUCGAUUAUAUGAAAUUGGUGUUCGCUCUGUUCAUGGCGUUCCCGGCGACUAUAACUUGGUCGCACUCGACUACCUCCCCAAAGCAAACUUGAAAUGGAUCGGAAGCGUCAAUGAACUAAACGCAGCUUAUGCUGCUGAUGGCUACGCUCGGAUCAACACGGUUGGCGCUCUCAUCACAACCUUUGGAGUUGGUGAGCUCUCCGCCCUCAACGGCAUCGCUGGAGCCUACUCCGAGCAUAUCCCCGUGGUGCACAUUGUCGGGUGUCCCUCCACUCGUUCUCAGAAGCAAGGCAUGCUUCUCCAUCACACCCUGGGCAACGGUGACUUCAAUGUCUUUGCAAACAUGAGCUCCCACAUCUCCUGCAACGUCGCGAAGCUCAACGACCCGCAAGACAUUGCCGUCUUGAUUGACCACGCUCUGCGUGAGUGUUUUGUCAAGUCGCGUCCGGUAUACCUCAUGCUGCCGAGCGACAUGGUGACUGCCAAGAUCGAGGGCGAGAGACUGGAGACGCCCAUUGAUCUGUCCGAUCCCAGCAACGAUCCAGAGCAGGAAAAGUACAUUGUGGAUGUCAUCUUGCGAUAUCUUGAGUCUGCGAAAUCCCCCGUUAUUCUGGUCGAUGCGUGUGCGAUCCGCCAUCGCGUCUUAAGUGAGGUCCACGACCUCAUCGCCAAAACCAACCUGCCCGUCUUCGUCACACCGAUGGGUAAGAGCGCGAUCAACGAGGAUCAUUCGAAUUUUGGUGGCGUUUAUGCGGGCGAGGGCUCUCAACCAUACAGUGUCAAGAAAUUUGUCGAGUCCUCUGAUUUGAUUCUGUCCAUCGGCACUCUGCAGAGUGACUUCAAUACUGCAGGUUUCUCUUUUCGCACGUCCAAGCUCAAUGUCAUUGAUCUGCAUAGCGAUCAUUGCAUUAUUCACUACUCAACGUAUCCUGGUGCUCGGAUGAAGGGUGUUCUCCGCAGGCUCAACGACGCUAUGGAACCCAGCAAGCUCUCCGUAACCCAGGCAUUAGCCUUCAAAAAUGAGGUUCAAGAAAAUGACGAUGGAACACCAACUAUCACUCAGGCCUGGUUCUGGCCGCGCGUGGGCGAAUUCUUCGCCAAGGACGACAUUGUUGUUACAGAGACGGGUACUGCAAACUUUGGCAUCUGGAGCUCCAAAUUUCCUUCUGGAGUCACUGCUCUCAGCCAGGUUCUGUGGGGUAGUAUUGGCUGGUCUGUCGGUGCUGCUCAGGGAGCUUGCAUGGCGGCUAAGGAUAUGGGAAGCAAGCGACGAACCAUUCUGUUUGUCGGAGACGGAUCAUUCCAACUCACUGCUCAGGAACUCAGUACAAUGAUUCGACACGGGCUCAAGCCUAUCAUCUUUCUUUUGAACAAUGAUGGCUACACAAUUGAGAGGUACAUUCAUGGAAUGGAUGCCGAAUACAAUGACAUCAACGGUUGGAACUAUACCGCUCUUGUUGAUGUCAUGGGGGGUUCCAACACCGCUGCCAAACAUGUCGUCAAGACCAAGUCUGAACUUGAAAAGCUCUUGACUGAUUCAACCUUCAACUCGGCUGAUGGCCUUCAAUUCGUGGAAGUCAUCAUGCCCAGAGACGACGCGCCAUCUGCACUGAUCACAACGGCACAGGCCAGUGCAAGAACAAAUGCAGAACAAAAUUAA